CACCAGGACAGGACUUCUUUCAUCUGAACCACCGCCAUGAACUCGCUGCUCCGCCGCGCGCUUGCAGCCUCCUCGUCGCCGGUGCAUCCACGGAGCGCUCUGCUCGCGGCGCUCAUCUCUCCUCCACCGGCCGGACCUCCCGAGCCAUGCCGCACCCCCGCCCCGCAGCCGCUGGAGCCACCGAGGCGGCGAGCGUUCCACGCCUCUCCAAGGCCCCUAGGGUUCAGGGCCACCACUCCCGCGCUAUGGCCCGGAACGGUCUCGGGGGCCGGCGCGGCCGCGGGGGAGGAUGGCCUGGAGGUCGCGAGGCUGGGGAUCUCGCCGCGGAUCGUGGAGAGACUCGCCGCCCGGGGCAUCACCAGGCUCUUCCCCAUCCAGAGGGCUGUUCUUGAACCAGCAAUGCAAGGGAAAGACAUGAUUGGUCGUGCUCGUACAGGAACUGGAAAAACCUUGGCUUUUGGCAUUCCUAUCAUGGACAGGAUUCUUCGACACAAUGAGAAGAAUGGAAGCGGCAGGAAUCCUUUAGCCAUCAUUUUGGCACCUACUAGAGAACUCGCUCGGCAAGUUGAGAAGGAAUUUAGAGAAUCUGCUCCUUUAGACACUCUGUGUGUCUAUGGAGGGGUUCCUAUCAGUCAGCAAAUGAGAACUCUUAAUUAUGGAGUUGACAUUGUGGUUGGAACUCCAGGGCGUGUUAUUGAUCUUUUGACAAGAGGUGUUUUAAACCUAUCAGAGAUCCAAUUUGUAGUUUUGGACGAAGCUGAUCAGAUGCUGGCUGUGGGUUUUGAUGAAGCUGUUGAGGUGAUCAUGGAGAAGCUGCCACAAAACCGUCAAAGUAUGCUGUUUUCUGCGACAAUGCCCAGUUGGAUCAGAAAACUUACAAACCAGUACUUAAAAGAUCCUGUCAUAAUUGACCUUGUUGGUGACUCAGAACAGAAGUUGCCUGAAGGAAUCUCUCUAUAUUCAAUUGUAUCUGAAAACUAUGGAAAGUCAUCGAUUCUUGGUCCAUUGAUUAAAGAGCACGCUAAUGGUGGAAAAUGCAUUGUAUUUACGCAAACUAAACGAGAAGCAGAUAGAUUGGCAUAUGCCAUGGGCAGGAGUUAUGCAUGUCAGGCGCUGCAUGGAGAUAUCUCGCAAAAUCAGAGAGAAAGGACGCUCUCGGGAUUUCGAGAUGGCCGGUUUAACAUCCUUGUAGCAACUGAUGUCGCAGCCCGUGGAUUAGACAUACCCAAUGUUGAUCUAGUGGUACAUUACGAAAUCCCAAACUCCUCGGAGUUAUUUGUUCACAGAUCUGGGCGAACUGCACGUGCAGGGAAGAAAGGCGUUGCGAUUCUAAUGUACACAUAUGAGCAAAAUAGAAACGUAAGGGUCAUUGAGCGAGAUAUUGGAUGCAGGUUCACCGAGCUUCCGAAGAUUGCAGCCACAGAUGACGCUGCAGACCUGUUUAAUGUUAUGAGAGACAGUCGCUCUAAAUCAAUUGGAACCAGAAGAACAGGUGGCUCCUCAUUCCGCCGUGAAGGCUAUGGUGGCUUUGGUGGACGUCCCUCCCAAGGUUUUGGUGAUUUUGGCGGCUUUGGUGGCACCCCUGAUCGUGCUGAUUGGUCCCGGGACGCGGGUACAAGGUACCGUGGUGGGUUUGGAGAUUCUAGACAACCUUCUCAACCUUCUGAUGGCUUUGGCAGAUCUAGCUUCAGUCGGUCUGGUGGAUUUGGCGACUUUGGAGAAGGCAAUUUCGGCAGAAGUGGUAACCAGGACUUACGACGUCCCAGGGGCUCCGAUGAUUCAGGCCCUUCACGGUAUGGCAGAAGCUCUGAUGGUUUUGGCACCUCGGAUUUCGGAAAACCAGGCAACUUCAAGGAUUAACCAUCGGAUCUGAUGGCUUAACUGUGUACAGCUUUGGCGAGCCUUUCGACUGCUAGUGUUUUUGUUGAAUGAAUGAGGUCACUAAUCUCUCUGUGUAGUUUGUUUGUAUCUCGGUUGUUGAGAAACAUGUAUGUGAAUAUCUGUGAUGUUUAUUUAGGUCAGAAUAAUCAAGAUGCAUGUGUCUUGUACUCACUGUAUUUGUUGGGGAAAAGUACAUCUUAUAUCUGGAA